UAUAACUAACUACUCAUAACUAAGAGAGAGAAGGUUAAUUAGAGUGUUAAAUUUGUGUUUAGUUAGUUUAGUUGCGCGGCGCGCUUCCCGCGACAACAACCCUCGUCAUCGAUUUCCGCCAUUUUGAAUCGUUAUAACAGACUGAUACCGAGCUGAAGAAUCAAACUAACUUUCAGGCAAAAUGCAAACCGUUUUGAUUUCGUUUCCUCUCCUCACUCCCUUCAACAUCUCAUCCUCAGAUCCGCACACUUCCUUUCGUCAAAUUCCUUUCUCCUCCACUCGCUUCUCCUCGCUUUCCAUUCCCUGCGCCACCGCUCGCCGGAGUUGCAGCGUUCGAGCUUCUACAGGCGAAUCCGCUCCCUCCACCGUUGCUCCAAUAAUCUCCGUCGAUAACAACGAUCCCGGCGAUUCCACUGUGAUCGUGAUCCGGGCUCACAACUGGAUCGGCCUCCUCCAGAUCAUCACCAACGUUUUCAAGGUCCUCGGCCUCAAGAUCGACAGAGCCACUGUCGAAUUCGAAGGUGAGUUCUUCACGAAGAGGUUUUUCGUCACUGACUCAGAUGGAAAUAAGAUUGAGGACUCCGAGAGCUUGAUGAGGAUCACGCGAGCGCUGGAGGAGGCCGUUGGUGCCGGCAGCAAUGGCAUCGGCGUCCGGACGGUUCCGGCGUUGGCCAGUGCAGCGGUGAGCAGAGGAGUUGUAGUCCGGAGGCCUGGGUUUCUAGAAGGGCUUGGGGAGCAUCGGGCUAAAGCUGAGAGAAUGUACAGCUUAAUGGACGGGUUCUUGAAGAACGAUCCCAUCAGUCUUCAGAAGGAUAUUCUUCAUCACGUUGAGUACACCGUAGCAAGAUCGCGGUUUAGUUUCGAUGAUUUUGAAGCGUACCAGGCAUUGGCACAUACUGUAAGAGAUCGAUUGAUUGAACGCUGGCAUGAUACUCACAUUUACUUCAAGAGGACAAAACCUAAGCGCCUCUACUUCCUCUCGCUUGAGUUUCUUAUGGGCAGGUCUUUGUCAAAUAGUGUCAUUAAUCUUGGUAUCGAGGAUCAAUGUGCGGAGGCCCUAAACCAACUUGGAUUUGAAUUUGAAGUUGUGGCUGAGCAGGAAGGAGAUGCCGCCCUAGGAAAUGGUGGCCUUGCUCGUCUUUCAGCAUGUCAAAUGGAUUCUCUAGCAACUUUAGACUAUCCUGCGUGGGGUUAUGGAUUGCGUUAUGAAUAUGGAUUGUUCCGUCAGAUCAUAGUUGAUGGCUUUCAACAUGAAAAACCUGAUUACUGGCUGAACUUUGGAAACCCUUGGGAAAUAGAGAGAAUUCAUGUAACAUAUGAAGUGAAGUUCUAUGGGACUGUUGAAGAGGUAGAAAUGAAUGGAGAGAAACAAAAAGUUUGGAUCCCUGGAGAAACGGUAGAAGCUGUGGCUUAUGACAACCCAAUACCUGGCUAUGGGACAAGAAAUACCAUCAACCUUCGGCUUUGGGCUGCUAAACCUAGUAGUAAAUUUGAUUUGGAGGCCUAUAACACUGGAGACUACAUUAAUUCUGUUGUCAAUAGACAGAAGGCUGAAACCAUAAGUAAUGUCUUGUAUCCAGAUGAUCGCUCUCAUCAGGGAAAGGAGCUGAGAUUGAAACAACAAUAUUUUUUUGUCUCAGCAUCUUUACAAGACAUCAUGCGAAGGUUCAAAGAAGAACAUACUAACUUUGAUGAACUGCCAGAGAAGGUUGCUCUCCAUCUAAAUGACACCCAUCCAUCUCUUUCAAUUGCUGAGGUCAUGCGGAUGUUAGUUGAUGAAGAACAUUUAGGUUGGCAUAAGGCAUGGGACAUUGUAUGCAAAAUUUUCUCUUUCACAACCCACACAAUGGUAACUGAUGGAGAGAAAAUCCCUGUUGAUCUACUUGAAAGUCUUCUCCCUCGCCAUUUAGAGAUUUUAUAUGUAAACUUUAACUUCUUGGAGGAGUUGAAGAAAAGGAUUGGUCUAGAUUAUAGUAGACUAGCCCUGCUGUCCAUUGUUGAAGAAGGUGCUAUGAAGAGCAUUCGAAUGGCAAACUUGGCAAUUGUUUGCUCCCAUACUGUGAAUGGUGUUUCAAAAUUACAUCUAGAAAGGCUGAAGACAAAAACAUUUAAGGACUUCUAUGGGCUAUAUCCAGAAAAAUUUCAAUGCAAGACAAAUGGUGUGACCCAGCGUCGGUGGAUUGUGGUGAGCAAUCCCGGUUUACGUGAUCUUAUAUCAAAAUGGCUAGGGACUGAAGCUUGGAUCCGUGAUGCUGACCUUCUGUCAGGAUUGAGAGAUCAUUUGGACAAUGCUGAUUUCCAUCUAGAAUGGAAAAUGGUUAAAAAGGUUAAUAAAAUGAGGCUUGCUGAGUACAUUGAAGCAAUGAGUGGUGUGAAGGUCAGUUUAGAUGCAAUGUUUGAUGUUCAGGUCAAGCGGAUACAUGAAUACAAAAGACAGCUGCUUAAUAUAUUUGGAAUUAUCCAUAGAUAUAAUUGUCUCAAGAAUAUGGAUAAGGAUAGUAGGAGAAAAGUUGUACCUCGUGUUUGCAUAAUUGGUGGGAAAGCUGCUCCUGGUUAUGAAAUUGCAAAGAAGAUUAUCAAACUUUGUCAUGCAGUGGCAGAAAAAAUCAAUAAUGAUACUGAUAUUGGAGAUCUUUUGAAAGUGGUUUUUAUCCCUGACUAUAAUGUUUCUGUUGCCGAAUUGGUAAUACCUGGGGCCGACCUUUCUCAACACCUGAGCACUGCAGGAAAUGAAGCAUCGGGAACUGGGAACAUGAAAUUUUUGAUGAAUGGAUGUUUGCUUUUAGCAACAGCAGAUGGAUCCACAGUUGAAAUAAUUGAAGAAAUAGGGGAGGAUAACUUGUUUCUAUUUGGGGCAAAAGUGCAUGAAGUUGAAAAACGGCGUCAGAAAAGAUUAUCUAAUUUGGCACCCCUACAGCCUGCGAAAGUACCCCUACAUUUUGCACGGGUAUUGAGGAUGGUUCGAGAUGGAUAUUUUGGGCAUAAGGAUUAUUUUAAAUCCUUAUGUGAGACGGUGGAAUUUGGAUUUGGUAAUGAUUACUAUCUUCUUACCUCUGAUUUUGGGAGUUACCUUGAGGCACAGGCUGCUGCUGAUAAAGCAUUUGUUAACCAAGACAAGUGGACGAGAAUGAGUAUCCUUAGUGUUGCCGGCUCCGGGAGAUUUAGCAGUGACAGGACCAUUCAAGACUAUGCUGAGAGCACAUGGAAAAUUAAUCCUUGCAGAUGCCCCCUCUGAUUUGUAGCUAGCGUACCACUAUAAUACUAUAUUGGGACUAACUAUGCUCCAAUAAUGGCCCUUGGCCAACAUAACCGAUUUGGUAGAUUUAGACUCGGUAUAACCGGCAGAAAGAAAAUAGUACUAUAUAAAUAAGAUGCUAGUAAUUGAACUUUAAACUUUUGCUCUCAA